UCUUCAACUUCCUUUUCCCAUUCAUCUUCAUCAUCAUCCAUCAUGUCUGACGCUGCUUACCCCCCUGGAGGCACUAUUGUGCAGUCGCUUAAGCGAUCUUUCGUCGACGUCCCCGUCGAUGCGGCCAACGGCGAUGCUGUCUCUACCACUGAGUUCCUCGAGGCUUCCGAGUCCCUGACCACCAUCUUCGAUGCCAUUGGUGGUAUGGCUUUCGGUCCCGUCAAGAAGGAUAUCCUUGGCAACGUCGAGAAGCUCCGUGCCCGCCAAGCUGCUGCUCCUGCCGAGUCCGGCACCGUCCAGGACCUUGUCCGCAACGAGCUCAAGACCGGCAAGCACACUGCCACUGAGGGCUGCCUCUGGCUCGUCCGUGGUCUUGACUUCACCUGCCAGGCCCUUGAGCGCAACGUCGCCAACUCCUCUGAGGAGCUUGCUGACUCUUUCCGCACUGCCUACGGUAACACCCUGAAGCCCCACCACAGCUUCGUCGUCAAGCCUAUCUUCAGCGCCGCCAUGUCUGCCGUCCCCUACCGAAAGGACUUCUACGCCAAGCUUGGCGAGAACCCUCAGCAGGUUGAGGCCGACCUCCAGACUUACCUUGCUUCCUUCACCAAGAUCGUCAACAUCCUCAAGACGUUCAUCAACGGACCUGAGGGCAAGUGGUAAACGAUAUAUGAUAUAAGAAAUGUUAGCGUACCUAUUGCUUGCCAAUACAUGGCAGUGCUAAAGUGACAACGAGUCACAUGUUUGAGAACACGACUUGGUUGAUGAGAUGCAUCAGCAUUGAGAAGCCAUCCUACAGAGACCUGUGGAAGAUGGCUGCAAUAGCUGUCGUCCCAUAUUACGAUAACGAAAAUAAAUAUAUAUUGCAUGACCAUCUGCUUGAUCAGUUA